GGCUCAAUGUGUUAUUUUGUGGUUUGAACAAACUUGAUCCAACACGCUACAAUGUUUACUGUGGUCAGUUGGAGUUAGCGUCGAAAUCAGGACUUCUUGACAUGGUCACAACAGAUAUCGACCAAGUGAGUUGUAGUUUGUAUCUAUAUGCAUUUUCUGUUGAAAUAUACCAUCUACCUGAAAUUUCCUUCUCAGGUGAAGCUGUGGUUAAAUCAGUGGGAUGAUGUACAGAAGUCAAGAAAGAUUUAUCGCUUGCUUCAUGAUGCAUUUCUCUCUAACGAACAAAGGUGUGGUAUUUGCUAUAUAAUCUUGAAUGGUUAAUUUGUGCCAGUGUAGGUAGUGGCAAUAAUAAGAAAGCUACGAUGCGUCCGACCAAAGGACGUCAAAUUUGUGAAUUUGGCAAUCUCAGUGGAACGUGCUUUGUUGAAAGUUUUCGUAGAAGACGCAGAGAUAAUUUUUUAGCUGUCGAAUAGUGUUUUUCAUUUAAAGUCAGCCACAGUUCUUCGUUCAAAUAUGAAAUACAUUCAUCGACUUUAAAAAACAUUCAUCUUCACUCAUUCAUCCAAAAAAACAUUCAUCAUUCAUCCACUCUAAAAAACAUUCAUCAUUAACUCAUUCAUCCACUCUAAAAACAUUCAUCAUUAACUCAUUCAUCCACUCUAAAAUACAUUCAUCAUUAACUCAUUCAUCCACUCUAAAAAAACAUUCAUUCAUCCACUUUAAAAACCAUUCAUCAUUCACUCAUUCAUCCACUCUAAAAAACAUUCAUCAUUCACUCAUUCAUCCACUUUAAAAAACAUUCAUCAUUCACUCAUAUACAUCCACUCCUAUUCACUCAUUCAUCCACUCUAAACAUUCACUCAUUCAUCCACUCUAAACAUUCAUUCACUCAUUCAUCCACUCUAAACUUACAAAGAACUUAAUAAGAAAGCUGUUGAUGGAGAGAGAUACAUCUGAUUGAUUAAUUGUAGCAGCAGUAGAUCCUGCAGUCUAUUAUAUAGUGCAUUAUUUUUUAUUCUACAGAGAGAGUGCGUCUGAAAUGAUGAUAGAGUUAUUAAGAACGUAUCCUGAAGAGAGCGCUGGAGAAGCCAAAGAUGAUGCAACAAACUGUAUUGUAUCUUUCAUUGAUCGUCCCAAUGUUUGGAUUAUGGAUCAUCUCUUAGAACUUGGUCCUGUCAGAAGUUUGAAAGAAGAAUUAAUAUAUCAGGUCAAUCUUCUAGACAGCUUAAUUUGUAGUUCUUAUAAGCCAUCCAUUGGACUGUUUCACUCACCAUGUCUGAUCCAUGAUGUUUGUAGGGCGCAUUGCAGCUUAAAGUGCAUAUGACAUGAAUAUGAUUAUUUUCUUGAAAGAAAAAACUCUUUAAGCUGUAGUCUAAAUUAUUUUCAUUUUCUUGAUUUUAUGGUUUGUUCCCGUGAUAUUUCAAUGUGCUUGAUAUGUAAAUGAGUGUGAAUAUGUCCGUUAAUUUAUGACGUCACUUUGGUUGCAAGCUCUUCGAAGUGGUUCAAUAUCACUGCUAUCAUCCAAGAUGAUAAUUUCAAACUUCAUUCACUGGUAAAUGUGAUGAAACACUGAAGAAAAACGUGAACUGAUAUCUACAGUUUUUAGAGUUACUAGAUUUAUAGCUAGUGUAAGUUGAGCUUGUAACCAAAGUGACGUCAUAAAUUAGCGGACAUAUUCACUCUCAUUUACAUAUAUAUCAAACAAAUUCAAAUAUCUCUGGAACAAACCACAAAAACAAGAAACUGAAAAAUAAGUUACUUUAUAGCUUAAAGAGUCCUUUCAUUCAAGAAAAUAAUCAAAUUCAAUGUCAUAUGCACUUUAAUGUCAUAACUGCAUGUUUGAUUUUGAUGUUUUAGAUUCUUGAGAUAUUUGUCAGUGGUAGUAUUAAAGAUUACAUAAAGUUUUAUGAAGAAAAUUCAAACUUUGUUGAAUCUACAGGUGAAGCAAUACGCUUUUUGUUGCUGCAAUUAAAUUCGAGUUUGAACGCAACACAUAUGCUUAUAUUAUGUAUUUCACUAAUUAAACAAAAAAGUACACUGUGUCUUCUUGUUCAAACAUGGUUGAUUUCAUCUAGGUCUGAAUCAUGAGAGAAAUUUAAGAAAAAUAAGAAUUCUCACAUUCAUUUCAUUGGUGAACAAACAUGAUGAAAUAACAUUUGAAGAAUUAUCAAAAGAAUUAAAUAUUAAUGUUGAAAAUGUUGAAAGUUUCAUUAUUGAUGGUAAGCUUAUGUUAAUGUCUGGCAUUACACUCACAGUUUUGUAUAUUGAUCGUGAAAUUUAUUUUCCAAGUGUUGAAAACGAGGCUUGCCCGUGUACGAAUAGAUGAAGUAGACGGACGAAUCAUCACAAGGUAAUUAUCAACAUACAAUAUAAUUAUACACGCGCAAAAAUCUUGUAGCAAGUCUGCCAACAAGCUGUCAACAAGUUGUGUUCGCACUGCUUGUUCCAAGUUGUCAACAAGUUUGGAACAAGCUGUUAACAACUUGGAACAACCUUGUUGAUAUUAUCAGACUUGUUGUUACGAUCAUGAUAUGACAAUAUUGUUAGAACCUUGUGUCAUCAACCUUGUAACAUUGUUGUUAUAGCAUCAUGACUGUAUCAGACUUGUUAGAACAACCUUGUAACAAGCUCGAUAGUGCCACAAGUUUGUUAUAAGUAGUUAGCAGCUUGUUCCAAACUUGUUACAACAACUGGGAACAAGCAAUGCGAACACAACUUGUCGACAGCUUGUGAACAGAUUUGUAACAACUCGUUUGCAGACCUGUAACAACUUGUGCGUUUUUACGUAUGUAGCAUUCUAGAUCAAUUUAUAGCAUUGGUCCAAUUUACAUUUUAACUCAUUUAUCUUAUUCAGCUCGGCAGCUUACAGAACGUUUGGCAAUAAACAAUGGCAAAUACUUCAACAGAGACUUAAAGAAUGGCAAACAAACUUACAAACUGUUCAAAAACAACUUAUAGAUAUACAACCUAAUAUGUAAUUUUGAAC